GGCCAUGAGUUUUCCUUCCUAGCUCGUCGUAAGUGUCCGCCCUCGCGUGCGUGCGUGCGUGCCUUCAUCCGUCCUUACUACCACCACCAUUCCUGCAGGACAGUCUCGGGAAUCUGGCGUGGCAAGAUGGGGGAAAUACGGAAGGCAAUGGAAGCGUUCCUUUGGUGCAUGUCUACCAUCUACAUGUUUGCGUUUGCUUCCCUAUACAUACAGAUACCAGGUCUCUAUGGCAACGAGGGGGUGCUGCCCUCACGCUGGAUGCUGCGUUACACAGGCAAAGGAUUCUGGGAGCAACUGAGAGAUUCUCCCACCCUUCUGUGGUUGGGUCCCAAACUUGGGCUGGACACACAGCAAGGCAUGGAGCUUAUUGCCCUGUUAGGGACCUUUCUAAGCCUUCUGUCAACACUGACGCACAGGCUACGGGAUUGUCGGCUCUACCUGUGCCUCUGGAUACUGUACCUGUCCCUUUAUCAGGUUGGACAGGUGUUUCUCUACUUCCAGUGGGAUAAUCUUCUGUUGGAAAUAGGGUUUCUGUGUGUCCUGGUGGCACCCCUGUACCUGCCUUGGGGGCGUUGCCGGGGCUGUUUCCAUGACAACGUGACCUUGUGGGUAGUGCGCUGGCUGCUCUUCCGGCUCAUGUUUGCCUCUGGAGUGGUCAAGCUCACUAGUCGCUGUCCCACAUGGUGGGGACUCACAGCGCUGACCUACCACUACGAGACUCAGUGUAUCCCAACCCCUCUGGCCUGGUUUGCCCACCAGCUGCCCGUGUGGUGGCAGAAGCUGAGCGUGGCGGCCACCUUCCUCAUCGAGAUCCCCGUGCCCUUCCUCUUCUUCAGCCCCAUACGGCGACACCGCCUCACCGCCUUCUACCUGCAGGUGUUAUUACAGGUGCUGAUAGUCCUCUCAGGGAAUUAUAACUUCUUUAACCUGCUGACGGUAGCACUGUGUCUUUCCCUGCUGGAUGACGAGCACAUCAACUUCCUGCUCCGCAGACCAUCUGCAUCUGUAGACGCACACAAACUGCAAAAGACAGGCGUGCUCCAAAAAGCAUGGUCUUGGAUGUGUGUUUGUGUGGAGGUGACUGUGUAUAUCAUGUUCAUAUAUUGGACCAUUCUCCAUUUCAACCUGCAGAUAGACUGGGACAAAAAGGAGGUCUCUUCAAAGAUUGCCUUCACUUAUCACCAGUUUAUGGCACUUCUGAAGGAUGUGAUGCGUCCCAGCAUCUGGAUUGGAGUUUUGUCCCUCACCUGGGAGAUUGUCAAGGCAAUGGUCAAGUCUGCGUGUAUGAGGGGUGUGUUGUUGCGUUUCUGGAGCACUCUGCAAUGGGGAGUGAUGGCUGCUGCAGCUGCAAGCAUGUUCGCCAUCAGCUUGGUGCCCUUUACCUUCUUGGACUACGAUGCCAACAAUGCUCUGUGGCCAGGAGUGAAGCGGGCGUUUGAGGUGACUGACCGCUACCAGCUCACCAACUCCUAUGGCCUCUUCCGCAGGAUGACCGGGGUUGGGGGACGUCCAGAGGUUGUUAUUGAGGGCAGCUGGGACCGCGAUACCUGGACGGAGAUAGAGUUCAUGUAUAAGCCAGGGAACAUGAGUGCCUCUCCGCCCUUUGUGACUCCGCACCAGCCCCGGCUGGACUGGCAGAUGUGGUUCGCUGCCCUUGGGCCCCACCACCAGAGCCCCUGGUUCACCAGCCUCGUCCACAGGCUACUGCAGGGCAAGAAGGACGUGAUCCGGCUGAUUCAGACAGACGAAUCAAACUACCCAUUUAAGGAUAGGCCCCCUGUCUUCAUCAGAGCUCACCGCUACAAGUAUUGGUUUACUGAACCCAAGGAGGACGGGACGUAUCCCUCUCGGUGGUGGCGGAGGGUUUAUGUGGAGGAGUUCUAUCCCACAGUGCACUUAAGUGACCCUUUCCUAGAGAGCAUGCUGAGUCAGCAUGGACUAAAGGACAAGGCUCCAGCCCGACGCAGCCCCAAGGCCACAUUGCCCCGGAUGCUUGCAGGUGUGCGUGAGGCUGUGUGUGUGCUGCCGGCCCCGCUGGUCGUCUGGUCUCUGCUGGUGGCCGUGGUGGGAGCGUGUCUGCUGAAGCCGCUGCUGUCCCGCAAACACACGCGCGCGCACAAGGCCAGCGAGAGGGAGGGACGUAGCGCUGAACCGGGGAACAGCCACCGGCCGCAAGCAGGACACACACCAGAGAAGCCCACGGAGCAGAAGGAGGAGGAGGAAGAGGAAGAGGAGGAAGAGGAGAAGGAGGACAGGAGAGGAGCUGGGGAUGGUAAAGACAUGAUGAAGAGGGAGGGAGAAGAAGAGGAGGAGGAGGAGGAGGAGGUGGAGGAGGGCAAAAGAGAGGAGGGCAUGGAGGAUGGGAGUGAUGCAGAUGAGGAGCAGGAGGAGGAGGUGAUUGGAGAGGAGGAGGAGGAUGGGGAGGAGGAACAGGAGGAGACGCAGCCUGAAGAGGACACGGACCCUGCUGACUCACUGAGGAAGAGGAAGUAGAUCUGUUUAGAGGAAUCACUCCUCACAUGCCAUACAACCCUGUUUGUAUUUUCUACUGAGCACUUCUCACCUGUUUUCACACACACACACACACACACACACACACACACACACACACACACACACACACACACAUGCAUACAUACAUACAUUCACCAUUCACAUGAUCAUUUCUGGGGAGAAUUAUGUAUCUAUUUGUUCAGUAUAUCAGUAGAUGUUGAGACAUACAGUAUACACUCUCUAGUUCAUCGUCCUCCUCCUGUCUGCCUCGCAAACUCAUGGGUGCAUGGUUUUGUUUCCUGACAAUCAUUUUUGACCAUUCACUGUUACUUUUUUUAUUCACGGGAUUUCUCUGUGGUGUGUGUGUGCGCGAGCGUGUGUGUGGAGUGAGAGUGCAGUAUGCGUGUGUGUUUAUGUGCUUGUGGUUCGUUAAGCCUUUAAUCGUAUGCUUUGAUACAACCUUGAAUUUGACCUUUGCACUUGUUUGUUUUCUCAUGUUCUUGCUUUUGUUCACUUGCUCUUUUUGAAUGUGUGUGUGUGUGUGUGUGUGUGUGUGUGUGUGUGUGUGUGUGUGUGUGUGUGUGUGUGUGUGUGUGUGUGUGUGUGUGUGUGUGUGUGUGUGUGUGUGUCUGUUUGCUGAGCUAGUGAAAAAAAAGAAACUUUUUUUCAAGGUUUCUGACUUUUUCAAUGUUUAUAAUAAAACAAUCUUGUGGUUGACAAAUGCUUUUUGUCCCCUCCUUUCACAUCACAAUCAGUUAACAAUACCUUAAUAUUCAUAAUUAGCAUUCAAUCAAUUUGAUACAAAGUGAAACACACGGGAAUAGAAACAGGGAAUAGAAUCA